CCUGCCGUUCCUCCCGGCCCGCCCUUCGUCCUCCGGGAGCGGGAGCGCGCGGCGGCGCGGGAGGGCGCGGGAGGGCGCGGGCUCCGGGGCUCUCGCGGGACGCGCGCCCCCGCCGUGCUGCCGCUCCCGGCUCCCUCCGCCGCCGUCCCCCGGGCACCCGCGGCUGCUGGGCCCGGACGCCGAGCUCGUGCAGCCCGCCGAGCGCCUUAGCGGGUGGUGUCUGCUCGAGGCCGGGCCUGCGCUUGGCUAAGAUGCUAAGGUCCCGCCUCGCGUCGCUGGUGCCGGGAUUCGUUAGGUUAGGCCCGGGCUCCCAAGCCACCCAAGCGGCCUCUACCUUUCCAUCUGGUUAUCAAGACACAACACGGAGGGUCUGUACACUGCGGGGUGCUGGAGACCCAGCCCAGCCCUCCCGGUCCCUGCCCGGGGCCGUGGCAUGUCACGUUGGUGAAGGGUCGGGGUCGGGGGCGCCUGAAACAGCCACUCGCGGGUGCUGACGGCAGUUGCAGGCACAGGACCCCGAGGAGAGAGGGCCCCCCACCCCCCACCUCGGCUGGGGUUGGAUGCACUUCCCGGAGAGACAUGUGGAAACAUCCAGCAGAGGAUAUAGAGGCAAGUCUAGCGGCUGAGAGGGGCAGCCUCUUUGCUUCUGAGCCAACUCACAGAGUGAGGACUCCCUCCUGUUGGCCCCAGCUGCUCACCCAUCCCUGCUACUUAAGCAGCUUCAUCCAGACUGGUUUUGGAUGGAAAACCAGACCCAGAAUUGGAGUAGUCCAGGGAGGAAGUUUCUUGGCAGUUUUCUUUGUCCUGGGACCGUUGUCUCCUGCAUGAGCCACGACUGAAUGCUGAAGACCCAUCAGUAUGGGGAGGGGCCCCGUGCCCACCUCAGCCAGCUCCCCAGUGGGCCCAGCCCCCACGGAACGCAGCUGCAUGAAGCCUGGCCAACCCACAGGAUUGUGGAAAAUAAUAACUCCUUGCUUCUUCAGCCAUUCAGUUUGGGCAUAGCCCACCAUACAGCAAUAGAGAACCUACAAUGGAUCACCCACACCACUAGCCUGUGUGACCGUGGCCCUCGGGAGGUCGGCUGCAGUGUGAGAGCCUCCAUUUGAUGGUUGCGCAAACUGAGAUGCAGAGGGACGCUAGUCCAUAAAAUCACACGGAGAACUGACAGAAGCUCAGAAACCCACUCGCAUUUGACAGCGCAGCGCGGAGGCUUGUGAAUGCGGGAGAGCUGCGGCAGAGCUGCGGCAGAGCUGAAGCUCCCUACCCUCCGGCCACCCCAAGAUCUCCGCGGGGCCUGCGCUGUAAAGGAGCAGGAAUUGCCGCUGAGGACACAGACGAGCUGUUUGAAUGGCGCUUACCUUCCUGGAAAGCAGAUGGCUGGUAUCCAGCCUCCAUCCAAACGGCAGUCAGCCUGCAAAAGAUGGCAGCACAAACUUGGCCCUCUUCCACCCUCCACCGAAACUUCAUGUGGCUUCUUCAAUUCCAGGGGCAAGGUCUCAAGAAAUCUAAGUCAGAUACUGCUCAACAAACAAGAAAAAAGAAGUAGGAGAAGGAAAGAAAGGAGGUAGAAGGGAAAAGACCCUUAAGUCAAUGUUUUCGUAGAAAUCGCCAAGGCUCUUCUGCUUACACCUCAUUGGGCAGAGCCAUGUCACCUGACCUCUUCUGGCUACAAGGGAGUCCAGAAAGGUCAGCUCUAGUCAAUGUGGGAGAGGACUUCACAAAGCUGUGGCCACCAGGAAGUCAAGACAAUUGUAGGCAAGCCUGGAAAUUAGCUACUGCAUAAAAGACCAUAAAGGUGCAGUGAUAUGUCCAUGGCCGUACAGCUAAGGAAUGUAAAAGCCAGAAUUUGAAUCACUGUGGAUUUGAUUUGACUCAAAGCUUCCACUCUGAGACCUUAACUAUCUUCAGCAAAUCACUUGGAGCGCGCUUUCUCUCAGCAUCUUUCCUGGAUUUUUUUCCCCCUGCCGAGCCGUAGAUAAGGGUGGGGCCGCUUCCCUGCAGCAGAGACGGCAGCGGCAGUGGCUGCAGCAUCAUUGGGAGCAGCUGCUGCAGCAAUGCUCGGUCUCCGCUGGAGGUGAUCGCCUCCGAGCCCUGCCUGCUAGGUGGCCGGCUGCGACGGGACGCCUCGGAGUAGGAAAAUAGAGCCUCGUUCGUGGACCCGAAAGCCACACUCCUCGGCCUUUCCUCUACGCCAUGGCUUAAGCCCGCAGCCACCUCGCCUCGCGUCGCCUCGCUUGGCCGGGGUCUGCGCGCCGCCGCCACAGCAGGGAGGGGCGCGACCCAGACGCCCUCGCCCGGGGACUCGGGAACGCCUUGUGUCUCAACCAUCGGUGCCCGCAGCCGACAGCUCUCCCAAGACCUUUGCAGGCGGCUCCCGGAGGCGUUUGCAGCCGGUAAUCGGGGGACUUUAUGGACUUUAUCUCAGUGAUAGCUUGACCUUCCUGGGUGCUCUCCGAGGGAGGAGACCGAGGUAGCUCAGGCCACCGAGGGAAAAACAGUGGGAACCAGAUUAGCGACUGGUCGAGGGCCAAGGGACUGAAGUAAGAUUAGAGACUUGCUUUAGAACCACAAAAAAGAAAGAGGGAGGGCCAGCUUUGCAGCUAGCAUCAUGGCGUGGCCGUGCAUCACGCGGGCCUGCUGCAUCGCCCGCUUCUGGAACCAGCUGGACAAGGCGGACAUCGCUGUGCCGCUGGUUUUCACCAAGUACUCGGAGGCCACCGAGGCCCCGAGCGCCCCGCCACAGCCGCCGCCGCCGCAGCAGCAGGCGCAGUCGGCGCACGCACCCCCCUCGGCGCGGGCGGUCGCCAUAGAGACGCAGCCGGCCCAGGGCGAGUUGGAUGCAGUUGCCCGGGCAACGGGGCCGGCGCCGGGGCCUAGCGGCGAACGCGAGGCGGCGGCUGCCCCCGGCCGGAGCGGGCCCGGCCCCGGCCCGGCCUCCGGCUCCGCCUCCAGCGCGGGCCCCGCGGACUCGGUGAUGCGUCAGGACUACCGCGCCUGGAAGGUGCAGCGGCCCGAGCCGAGCUGCCGGCCGCGCAGCGAGUACCAGCCUUCCGACGCCCCCUUCGAGCGCGAGACCCAGUACCAGAAGGACUUCCGCGCCUGGCCGCUGCCGCGCCGCGGAGACCACCCGUGGAUUCCCAAGCCCGUGCAGAUCCCCGCGACCUCCCAGGCUUCGGUGCCAAUUCUCGGGGCGUCCAAGCGCCGGCCGCAGAGCCAGGAGCGCUGGCCCGCGCAGGCCGCCGCCGAGGCCCAGGAGCAGGAGGCGACCCCUGGCGGAGCGGGUGGCCUCGCAGCCGGAAAGCCCUCCGGUGCCGAUGAGCGCGACACACGCAGGAAGCCCGGGCCCGCCUGGAUGCUGCGUCGCGCCGAGGGGCAGGGGCCGGAGCAGACGCCGCUGCCCGCAGCCCAGGCCCAGGUCCAGGCCGCGGUCCCCGAGGGUGGCAAGGGGCGUGCAGCGGCGGACGCCCUCAACAGGCAAAUCCGCGAGGAGGUGGCGAGCGCGGUGAGCAGCUCCUACAGAAAUGAAUUCCGAGCAUGGACGGACAUCAAGCCUGUGAAACCAAUAAAGGCCAAGCCCCAGUAUAAGCCCCCAGAUGACAAGAUGGCUCAUGAGACCAGCUACAGCGCCCAGUUCAAAGGGGAGGCCAAUAAGCCAACGCCAGCCGACAAUAAGGUGAUUGAUCGCAGAAGAAUACGCAGCCUCUACAGUGAACCUUUCAAGGAACCCCCAAAGCAGGUGGAAAAACCUAGCGUUCAGAGUUCCAAACCAAAAAAGACCUCAGCAAGCCAUAAGCCCCCGCGGAAGGCCAAAGACAAGCAGGUGGUGUCGGGCCGGGCUUCCAAGAAAAAGAGCACAGAGGGUGCCAGUGCCGCCCAGCCUGAUGACAAGGAGCAAAGUAAAGAGAUGAACAAUAAACUGGCUGAGGCUAAAGAGAGCCAGGUUGAACUCACCAGUGAUUCACGUAAGAAUCGAGGUCCUGUAGCCACAGAGCCAGACAAGGAUCAAAGUCCUAUGGGCCCAGGGCCUCUGAAAGAUCAAGGUCCUGUGAUCCAAGAUCGUCCAAAAGAUCAAGGCCCUAUGGUCCCAGAGCCUCUGAAGGGUCAAGCUCCUGUGGUCUCGGGGCCUCUGAAAGAUCUAGGUCCUGUGGGCCCCGCACCAGUUAAGGAUCAAGAUCACGUGGCCCCUGAGCCUUUAAAGAAUGAAGGGUCUGUGAUCACAGCACCAGUAAAGGAACAAGGUUCCUUGGUCCCGGUGCCUCCAAAGAAUCAAAGUCCCAUGGCUCCAGAAAUAGUUAAGGAUCAAGGUGCCAUGGUACCAGAGCCUCCAAAGGAUCAAGGGCCCAUGGUCCCAGCGCCUGUCAAAGAUCAAAGCCCCGUGGUCCCUGAGCCUGUGGAUCAAGGUCCCAUGGUCUCAGCACCUGGCAAAGAUCAAGGUCCUAUGGUUCCAGAGCAUCUGAAGGAUCAAAGUGCCACGGUCAUAGCACCUAUAAAGAAUGAAAGUCCUGUGCUCUCUGAGCCUGUAAAGAAUCAAGGUUUAGUGGUUCUGGAGCCAGCCAAGGAUCAAGGUGGAGUGGCCCCAGAGAUUCUGAAGGAUCACGAUUCUGUGGUUGAGGCACAGGUAAAGAAUCAAGGUCCUGUGGUCCCAGCACUAGUCAAGGAUCAAGGUCCCAUGGUCCCAGAGCCUCCAAAGAAUCAAGAUCCCGUGGUCCCUGAGCCUGUGAAGAAUCAAGUUCCCAUAAUCCCGGUGCCUCUGAAAGAUCAAGACCUUCUGGUGUCACCACCAGCAAAGGACCAAGGUCCUGUGGUCCCUGAACCUCUGAAGACGCAAGGUCCCAAGGGCCCUCAGCUGCCCACUGUCUCACCUCCACCCCCAGUCAUGAUCCCAACUGUCCCCCACGCGGAAUAUGUUGAGAGUUCCCCUUGAUACUCACCCCUUGACACACCAAGGAAGGAUCUGGCAGUGGAAGUGCUCCCUCCCAGGGGCAGCGAAGACACAUAUUUAAUCUGCAUGAAACACGCGCUGUAUAGUCUUGCUGGAAUCUAAUAAAGCUGGUCCCUCU